AUGCUCGGCGCGAUCCAAUGGUGGUAUUCGGCCGUCCAACCGGAAACGAACAAGCCAGCGGGGACAAAGAAGGCGCCGAGGAAGAGUGCGGAACUUCGGUUUUCCGAAGUCGCCGUUGCAGGCCUUGAGAUAGCAAUAUAUGCCGCCGUUGAGUGGGGCGCAGAUCUGCCAGCCGAGGUAGAAGCCUAG